AAUGAAAUGGCUGUGACGCAGCUUAGAAAUAUAUUUAAGAAUCUGUUAAUAACAGGUAACAGUAAUGGAAAUGCAAGGUGUUUAUUUACCUCUACCGUAUAUCACAGAACUGUGAUAGAUAGAAAAGAGAUGUUAAGAUCACUGCCAAAAGAAGACGAGGGAACGCACGGGGAAAAAUCGGUCGAUAUAGACGCCGUUUUAUCAAAACAACAACUUUUCCCAAAUAUAGAUACCCCCAAUAGGCUGUUUAAUGGCAUGCCAUUUAAAGAUCUACCGGUCUUUAAUAUCAGAGUAACAAAGAAUAAUACAAUACUUUCUUUGACUAAUGCUAAAGGAACACCGAAACUGAUAAGAUCUUGUGGAGUCGAAGGUUUUAAAAACGCCAAAAAAGGAACAAAUAUUGCAGCUCAAGCUACCGCAAUUACAAUAGGAUCCAAAGCACUUGAUAAUGGUUACAAAAUCGUUCGGGUACGAGUGAGAGGUCUUGGACCUGGUAGAAUGGCUGCUAUUAAAGGUUUACAAAUGUCUGGAUUAGAAAUAGUUUCAAUAACUGAUACUACUAGAGUGUCUUGGAAUGGUCCUAGGCCUAGAAAACAAAGAAAGUUAUAAGAAAUCGAAACUUUGAUAGCUUUACUAUUAUUGUUAUAAUUGUUUUGAUAUUUCAAGAUCAAUAGAAAUUUGUGUUGAUAUAAAAUUA